AUGACCUCCCCAGGGGAGGCCCGGGAGCCGGAAUUUGCAGGACCCGAGGAAGCCACAAGCCAGUUACAGACUGGAAGGCCGCCAGCUUGGGGCCAGCGUUCCCCCGCCUGGGGAGCCGCCCAGAGAGGGCAGCGGGCAGGUUCGGGGCUGCUGCGGGGUCCCGGCCCCUUCACGGCCCCGGCCGACUCCGGGCAGCUGAGCGGAGGGCGGGCUCGGCCAGGACGGCUGACGGCCCAACUUAUCAGCCUGGAAAAGGUGUCGGGAGGCAGGUUUCACCGGAGGGAACAACAUUCCUCAGGGGAGCUCCAUGCAGCUGUGGGUGGUGAGGUGCAGGUGUUUGUGAAGGGCGGGAGGGGCGGGGGCCGGCGAGGAGCUUCUCAGAGCAUGCGCAAAAGCGGGCCGGCGUGGGGCUUCUCGGAGCAUGCGCGACUACGCCGGCGCUCCAGCCCCGCCCCGCCGGGGCCGCGCUACCGGAACCUCGGUUCGCGGCACGUGGCUCAGCACGUGGCCGAGUGCCUGACCCCGGGCACCCUGGAGCCGCCGGCCUCUGUCGCGGAGGCGGUGUCGUCCCUGACCAUCGCCGACGCGUUCGUCGCUGCCGGCGAGAGCCUAGCCCCGCCGCCCCCGCCGCCCCCUCAGAGGUUCAUCUGCUCCUUCCCCGACUGCAGCGCCAAUUACAACAAAGCCUGGAAAUUAGACGCGCACCUGUGCAAGCACACGGGGGAGAGACCGUUCGUUUGUGACCAUGACGGGUGCAGCAAGGCCUUCGUCAGGGACUGGCACCUCAGCCGCCACGCCCUGGUUCACACUGGAGAAAAGCCCUUUGUUUGUACAGCUAGUGGCUGUGAUCAGAAAUUCAACACAAAAUCAAACUUGAAGAGACAUUUUGAACGCAAGCAUGAAAACCAGCACAAACAAUAUGUGUGCAGUUUUGAAGGUUGUAAGAAGACCUUUAAGAAGCAUCAGCAGCUGAAAAUCCAUCAGUGCCAGCACACCAACGAACCGCCGUUCAAGUGUACCCACGAAGGAUGUGGAAAACACUUUGCUUCCCCCAGCCGUCUGAAGCGACACGGGAAGGUCCACGAGGGCUAUAUGUGUCAGAAAGAAUGUUCUUUUGUGGCAAAAACAUGGACAGAGCUUCUGAAACAUGUGAGAGAAGCCCAUAAAGAGGACAUAACAUGUGACGUGUGCCAGAAGACAUUUAAGCGCAAGGAUUUCCUGAAGCAGCAUAUGAGAAUUCACGCGCCGGAGAGGAACGUGUGUCGGUGCCCCAGGGAAGGCUGCGGCCGCACCUACACCACUGUGUUCAACCUCCAGAGCCACAUCCUCUCGUUCCACGAGGAGCAGCGCCCGUUUGUGUGUGAGCACGCUGGCUGCGGCAAGACAUUUGCCAUGAAGCAGAGCCUCAGCAGGCAUGCCGUUGUGCAUGACCCUGACAAGAAAAAGAUGAAGCUUAAAGUGAGACCGUCUCAUGAAAAACGGAGUCUGGCCUCUCGGCUCAGUGGGUACAUCCCUCCUAAAAGGACACAGGACCAGGGGGUGUCUUUGCCCAGAAACGGGGAGACUGCACUGCCUUCUGAACUGCACUAA